AUGGCGGGCUCUCCCCGCGCGCUGCUCCUCUGCUUCUGGCUCGGCUGGAGCCUGGUGGCGGCGCCCGGAGAGCCGCAGCACGCCCCGCGCGUCUCCCCCGGGGACAAGGUGUCGGAACACAUGCUCCGGCUCUACGACAGGUACAGCGGGUCCAGCGGCCAGCCGGAGGAUUCGGCGUCCGGCGCUCCUCAGCUGCUUCACCUCCGGGAGGGCAACACCGUGCGGAGCUUCCGAGCGCUGCCGGCAGGGAUCCCUGGCAACAAAGAAGUGCAUGUCUUCAAUCUGACCUCCCUCACAAAGUCUGAAAACAUCUUGUCAGCUCUGCUGCAUUACUAUAUUGGAGAUCUCCAGAACAGUAGCACAAAUUGUCCUCGACAUAAGAGGUGUUCUCGUCAUGGGCACAGGAAAUCUGAUAUGCAGAUUAGCCUCUCGCUGUUGAGUUUUCCUUUAUCAGGAAACCACACUCGGACCUUGGGACAUUACUCAAUCAACAUCUCCACUGCUUAUCGGGAUGUCCUUUCUUGGCAGUGGAAGAAUAUUACUCAUGUCUUGAGUAAGGCAAAGCAAAGUGAUGAACUGCUCAUUGGAGUCAAAAUGGCCUCUGUUGGCCAACACCCUUGGAAGAGCAUGCAUCCCAGUUAUGAACCAUACAUCCUUGUUUAUGCAAAUGACUCUGCCAUUUCAGAACCAGAGAGUGUUGUUUCUAGCUUGCAAGGACACCGUAAUCCCCUGCCUGGGAGUUUUCAAAAAUUAGACAGCCGUUCAAAAAAUGGCGUGAGUGAACGGAGGCAAAAACGCUCCACCAGUGUUCUGUUGCCUUUGCAGAACAAUGAGCUUCCAGGUGCUGAGUAUCAGUACAAUGAGGAUGAAGGAUGGGAGGACAGGAAGCACUACAAAACACUCCAGCCACGACUGGCAGAGAGGGCAAAGAACAAGAAAAAGCAGAGAAAAAACAACCAUCAAAAAAGUCAGACGCUCCAAUUUGAUGAGCAGACCCUUAAAAAGGCAAGGAGGAAGCAGUGGAAUGAGCCAAGAUACUGUGCCCGGCGCUACCUCAAAGUGGAUUUUGCCGAUAUUGGCUGGAGUGAAUGGAUUAUUUCCCCCAAAUCUUUCGAUGCCUAUUAUUGCUCGGGUGAAUGCCAAUUCCCUAUUCCAAAGGCCUUGAAGCCCUCAAAUCAUGCUACCAUCCAGAGCAUAGUGAGAGCUGUGGGCGUUGUCUCUGGAAUUCCUGAGCCUUGCUGUGUCCCAGACAAGAUGUCAUCACUCAGUAUCUUAUUCUUUGAUGAAAAUAAGAAUGUGGUACUCAAAGUCUACCCAAACAUGACAGUGGAAUCCUGUGCCUGCAGAUAACAUUCUCCUCCCAUGGAGCUUUAUCUAAAUCCCACCUCUCCUUGCAUUGACUUAGUUGCUUAACAGUUCCUCCCCCACCCCUAAACAUUUUGCACUGCCAAUGCAUUUCAUUCUCCAAAGAUUUAUUAAAUAUAUAUAUAUGAAUGAAUACACAAGCAGGAGCUGAGAAGGAACAUGCCAUAGAUUUCCAGAACAUAGAAGGAUCUAAUUGUAAGUUUCUUACUGUGAGGAUAUGACCGAAAAAUUAUAAAGCUCAGCACCAGUAAUAAACCCUGUGUGGCAAGCUAUGUAUGAGGAGGAGGAGAGAAGGAAGGAAGAACUCAACAAGAUGAAAAUGAAAUCUGGAAAGAACUUCUCAAAAUGAUUUGAAACUUUUGAAAGCAGUUCAGCAAAACUGCUGGUCUUUUGGUCCAUUCUUCCAGAAAUGAAUGGUGAAGGAGAUUUAAGAUAUACAUUAUGCAUUUGAAGCUAAGCUUUCUGCCUUAGGUUACUGGAAUUCUCCCCAAAGUGCUAAAUAACAUAAUAUGUUCUGACAUCCUAAGAGCCUAGGAAAAUCCAAUUGAAGAUGUUUAUUUUCUUGACAUGGCAAGUCAGUAGUGCUCUGUGUAUGUGUCAUCCUACACAAACAAGGGCUUUCUUUCACAGAAUAAUGGGAACAUUUAACUUGCAAGAAAACUUAGUUCUCUUUCUAUAUCUACUAAGGUUAAACCAUGACACACCUAUACUGGUAGUAGACCCCCAAAUGUUUACUCUCUGCCUCAGUGCAAAUCACUGCAGGAAAGCA